UCAAUAUCAGUCUAUUGCGUUUUCACAACGCAUGUAAUUCUUUUACUUUAGUUAUUUAUUGCCAUUUAAAAGGGAAAUUAAUAAAUAGCUUUUGUUUUUGUUCAAAAUAAAUGUCGGAAAUAAUUGCUUUUAACUCGACAACCUGGGAUUUUAGAUUGUCCCAGCUAGGCUUCCGUCGUAAGCACCGGUAGGAUUUACGACACCACGCUGUGUGUACGGUCAUAAGUGUUGUAGCUACGAUAGUGCAGGUAACAUGUGAGAAGUUUGGAUUAGGUUUCUAGGACUUUAUUAAAGAAAAAAAAUAUUUUUAAAGUAUCCAGGGCGUCAUGCGGGAACGGUCGCUUCCCGCCUCUCCCAACUGGUACUGCUCGCGCUGCAGUGAUGUCAGCAGCAGCGGUUUGCUGGGCGUCGGGGCCAAAAACGUCAUCUACUUGAUAGAUGUGUCUGCAUCUUCGUGCAGAGUAGCAGGGCAUGCUCCUAAUGAGACGAUGGAUAUCCUUUGGGAUCUUUUCCGUGAUCUGUACCAGGAGCUUGUCCUGGUCCUAGAACUGCCUGUAUACUCUUACCACAAGAGGCCGAGCAUCGUCAUGCCGUUACCUAGCCUGAAGAGGGAGCACGCAGCUCAUCAGAGCGCCGUGUCAGCGCUGCACUGGUCCCCUGUGGAUAAAAACCUGGUGGUGUCCGGGGAUGAGAAAGGCGUGGUGGUCUGUCACUGGUACCACACGGGUGACACGACCAGCUUCUUCCCUGAGCCCAGAACCAUCUUCUGCCUCACCUGCUCUCCUCAUACCUGGAACUAUGUGGCUGUUGGGUACAAAGAUGGGAUGAUCGUGCUGAUUGAUGUGAGUAAGAAAGGCGAGGUGAUUCACCGUCUCCGUGGACACGACGAUGAGAUCCAUGCGCUGGCGUGGUCACCUUUGGCCCAUGAAGACGCCCUCUGCAACAGACCUGAAGACGGUGAAGCAACCAAUGGAGUGUCUGGAGGAGAUGGCUGCUAUCUCGCAUCUGGGAGCAAAGACCAGACUGUAAGGCUCUGGAGUACAGCCAAGGGACAGAGGUGGACCCUGUUCGGCACAUCCUCAGAGGGUCAGAACCACAGCAGGAUCGUCUUUAACAUGAGUUCGGUUCACCUGCAGGAUGGCAGAGAGCUGCUCAUCAGCACCUCCAUGGACAGAGAGGUUAAGUGCUGGGACCUGGCCUCUCUGGAGUGCUGCUGGACUCUGCCCACCCUGGGCGGUUUCGUCUACGCCCUGACCUUCUCCCCCGUGGGUACUGGAUGUCUGGCGCUCGGUGUCGGUGACAACAUGAUCCGGGUGUGGAACACGCUGGCCACUCAGAACAAGUACGAUGUCAGGUCCUUCUGGCAGGGGAUCAAGUCCAAAGUCACAGCGCUGGCGUGGCAUCCGACAAAAGAGGGAUCUUUGUCUUUUGGAACAGAUGACGGGAAAGUUGGUAUCUAUGACGUCUUCUCCAACAAGGCCCCUCGUCUGGCUUCCACAACCGGAACUGAGGGCUUGUAUGGAACACCACCUCCCCUUUCUUUUGGGACAGCAGGAGGAAAAGCUUCCUUUAGUCUGUACAGCUGCGCCGGCGAGGGCGUCAUACUCCAGCACGAUCCAUACAAGCUGAACGGAGAGGCGUCGGACAUCGACAAGCUCAUCAGAGAUACUAACGACAUCAAGCACAAGCUGUCUCCACACACCGACCUCAGCUGGAAGCCAGAUGGGAAAGUUGUUGCCAUCGGCAACGAGGAUGGGUGCAUCGACGUAUAUCAGGCUCCCAGUCUGAAGUUGCUGUGCAGCAUCCAGCAGCACCACAAGAUCAUUAACACGUUACGGUGGCAUCACGACCACAGCUCUGCUCUUGAGCUGCGCUGCCUUCUGGCCUCGGGCUCCAGCAACGCCAUCGUUUACGUGCACGAUCUCCGCUCUGUUAUAGAAAAUCCUCCAGAAAGCCCCGUGGUGCUGACGGAGCCGUAUCGGAGGUUGUGUGGCCAUACGGCUAAAAUCACCGGCAUGGCCUGGAGUCCGCAUCACGACGCUCGGCUCGUCACCGUCUCAUAUGAUGGCACAGCGCAGGUGUGGGAUGUUCUGGAGGAAGCAGCUGUCUGUAACUACAGAGGACACGUUGGUUAUCUGCUGUGCGUGGAUUGGUCCCCUGUGGAUCCAGAUGUGAUCUGGACCGGAGGGAAGGACUUCACCUUGCAGGAGUGGAGCGUCUCCAAACAAGAGUUCACAAAGCCGCCUAAAGGGAAAAAGAUGGUCGACCUGAAAGAGAAGAUGAAGGCCAAUACGAAGCAGAAGAAGAAGAACAAGAAGGCUGGGCCAUCGGGGGCCGAGGGAGCUGCACAGCCAGAGGUCAAUGGAGCGGCGGUGAGAAUCGGAGAGAGGGCAGUGACGGGACAAGGGGUGUCAGGUGAAGAUGACGAAGAUGAAGCCAGCUCAACGAGCAGCCCGGCACCUUCACCAGCCACAUUUGAGAUGCAGAGAAAAUCCUCAGCUGCUGCAAAGAGUAAAGACAAGCCAGACUUAACUGGGCUGAAGAAGAAAAAGCCUCGCUCCAUGUUGCCUCUCAGUACAUCCAUGGACCAUCGGCCCAAAGACGAGCUGCUGCAGGACUGCAUCACUCUGGCUUCUGUCAGACAUGUUUUAUUUGCUGCUCCAGCUGGGUUCGUGGUGUGGAGCCGGACCGUGGAGGCCUUCGUCAAGCAGCUGUGUCUGCAGGAGCAGUACCUGAAAGCGGCGUCCCACCUGCUGUCCAUUAACAAACUCUACGAGGCAGUCGGCCUGCUGCGCUCUCACAAGCUUUACAGGGAGGCCAUAGCGCUGGUUAAAGCCCGGCUGCCAGCAGACGAACCUCUCCUGAAGGAGCUGUACACGUGUUGGGCUGCAGUGCUGGAGAAAGACGGGCAUUUUUCUGCAGCGGCUAAGUGCUACCUCGCUGCCGAUGCCAGCUUUGAUGCAGCCAAGGUCAUCGCCAGGAAGAAUGACGUCUUGUCGCUGAGGACCGCGGCCAGUCUAGCAAGAAUCUCAGGAGAGGCCUCUCUGGCUCAGUCUCUGUCGCUGAGAUGUGCCAAAGACCUGGCAGCCGCUCGAGACUGGGUCGGAGCACAGGAGGUCCUGAGUUUGCAAGACAGCCUCCUGGUUAGUAGUCGGAGCAGCCAGGAGAUCCAGAACGGCCUCUCCCUGUCGUUGGCUGACUCGUCUCCUGAAGGUGAAGUGAAGGAUGAGGUGUCAAACGGAGGGCUGUUGGAGUCGGCAGAGACCCAGCGUCCUGUGAGUGGGAGUUUUCACAAACUGGGCUUAGAUCCGUCACUCCUUCUGUGUGAGCCUCACGCUGCCUGCCAGGCCACCCAGAGAGCUGUGAGAGAGAUCCAGCAGCAGCUCGCCGCCAUGGUGCAGCAGCACAGCCAGACCCAGGGAGGGCAGCUCGACUCUGGGGAGAAACGGGAUGACAGCCCUGUAGUGAUUUCCACCACCAGGGAAUCCUCAGACAGUCAGGACUCUGCUGAGGCUGAGCAGGGCUCUGAGGACCCGGAGACUCUGCUGUCAUUAUCCUCGAAGAUGUCCAAGCAUCAGAAAGAGCUGGCUGAGCUGCCAAACACACUCAAGGUGUACCCUCACCCAGAUGUUGUGGAAUGCUGUCUGGUUCUUCUGCAUCUCAGCAAAUCUUCAAUGUCUUUCUCGGACUCGCUCCUACAAGAAGCUAAAGAUCUGCUUCGUAAAUAUGGAACAAGUCCCUCUGUCCUGAAAGCCUCGCAGCGAUUGCUCAUCUGAUUCAUUUGCUGGCAGUUUGUGGACCCGCUUGAUGGUCUGACUUCAUGUCUCCGCUGCUACACUGACUGUUUACCUGCAUCCACACGAAGCAUGCUCAGAUGUGUUCAGUCAGAGACCUCAAAAAGCACGUGGUUCCAAACUGCAGACUUUACACACUCAUUCAGAUGUUUCUU